CUACAAAUUCAACGUUAGUAUUUACUUAAAGUCAGUUAGUUUUUCAACUGUUUCACACUAACGCACUGUUGAUGACUCCUUAAAAAUAUAAAAAAUAAAAACACAAACGGUGAGUAAGCAUCAUUUAAGUGAUUUUACUUAAAGCAUUUAUGUAGCAAUUCAGGAGAGAGAGAGGGGAGUAAUAAAUUCAACAUGUAUAACUUUAAUAAUGAACGUUAAUAUUUUAUAUAAAUCGUGUAUUUAUGUCAUGCCAUUGCCAAUUAUUAAAAUUCUCAUUUUUUCGUAGAUUUUCGCGCUCCUGUUUUCUAAUGGCAGCUUGCUGACUUUUUCGUUCACUUAAUUUGUCUUUUAGUUUCUCAGCCUCAAGUUUCUUCUUCGCUCUUUUUUCUGAUUUUUGUCUCAUCAGCAACCGUGUUUCUUCCUUUAGUUUUUCCCGUUCAACUUUCUUCUCAGCUCGUAUUUCGCGUGAUGCUGCCUUCAGCUUUUCUAUUUCCACCUUUUUUGCAGCGCGUAUCUCUGUCUUUUCUUUUCUCUCUUGAAUCGUUUUCUCCUUCUCCUCCUCGAUUCGGCGAAUCUCCUCUAGGCGUUCACCAGCAGUAAGGACAGGGUAGAAUUUACGUUUGCAAUUUUUAUGAUUAGGUGACUGAAAGGUUACUGGGGACAUAUAAAAAUAUAUGGAUUAGUUUUAAUAAACAGAAAGCAAGCAUUAUUCUAAAAUUACCUGACGUAUGCAAGAUUUCCGGCUCCGUAAGAAAUGAAUCGAUGAUAGUCGCAUUUUUGAAAGGGUGCACCGAUGAUUCAUCCAGGUAUUUAGUUUUCUCAUUGCUGGAUUGUGUGAACCUGGCCGGGUCGAACGGGUACAAUCCGCAGGUUUUGAAUCCAGAUACGAUGAUGUCUGAAGUCAUCUAAUGUAAGAACAUUUCUAUUGUGCUUAUCAGCGUCAGCGGGCUGUGUAAUCCUAGUUGUGUUAGGAUAUAACACAACUGGAAUUAUUCCUAACUCGCAACACGAAUCAGCUACAUUUGCUGCCAUAUGCGAUGAAUGCCCGUCGACAAAAUAAUACACAGGAAGAGUUACUCCCGUCUUCAAAAGGAAGGGGUAAAAUACCUUCCGAAUGUACAAUUCGAAAUUGUUGGCAUCCAUCCAUCCUUUAGCACUUUUUCCAAUACCCCACUCGGCCGGAAAUGUUCGCAACAAGUCCGAGCGAAUUCUUUCCAAAGGCAAGAUGACGGCUGGAGGCACAACUAAGCCGUCUGCUGGCAUGUUCUACUUCGUAAACAUUGUGGCUCCCACGAAUAGCCAACACAGCUUUAUUUUUUGGGUUUAGGUAGAAGCAUGUCUCGUCUCCAUUCCACAUCCUUGACGGAUCCUGAAGAAUGUGCGCAGUUCCGUGCUCUAUCGCAUAUGUUUUAAAGUCGUGAAACCAGCCCCGAAUGUUGACCUCGCUUACCUUGGCACUCGCUGAGGAGACAGCCUCUGGCGUUCGUAUCGUGAGGGUUUCAUGCCUCUUGAGAAAACUCUGGAACCAUUUCCGACCUAAAGUUCAAAAUCACAAUAUUUUGAGUUAAGUUAUAAACAAAAGCAUCACGCAACUUACCAGGAACAUUUUUGCAGAAGGGAUUGGGUCGUGGAUAAGAAUUGAAAAACGAUGUAUUUUUGAUUUCAGAGUUUCCCUUAUAAUCGGAAAACCCUUUCGUUGCAUGUUUUUGAUCCAUCCAACAAGUUUCAACUCCUCCUCCGACAACACCGUUUGGGGUCCUUUUCGUGUCUUCUUUGUAGAAGAUAUUGCAGCCCAGUAAGCAGUUUGUUUUCCUUCCUUGAUGCUGAGAAGACUUCGCUGCACGUCAUUUUCACAGUAGCACUGGCGAGCUGGUUUUUUCUUUUGGGGUUCGCGGCUAUUAUGAAAUUCCAUACUGUAAUGAUGUAUUUGUAAUCAAUUAUGCAGAAUAAUCAAGUAAAUUUAUAGAACUUACUUUUAAGAGCACGAUUUAAAGCAGGAAAGGCCGAAAAAAAACACUGCUUCAAUCCACUACAAACAACAAACGAAAGUGCAACGCGGAGGACGUUUUUGACGUUUAUGAAGUCAGUGGGUGCUACGUUUAACACAGUGCAACCAGAAAUGCGAAACAUAACGCAACUAUAGGAGCAUAGUGUAUCUUAUGAUCCAAUAGUGGAGGAACCAUUUUAUCAACAAUAUGAUAUUAAAUCAUCGAAUUUCACCUGUGAAAUGGUUACUAUGUUAGUUUAUUAUAUGUAGAAACAAUUAGACGAAUAGAAAUCAUACUACAAUCAGAAACAACUCUUAAAAACUUCGUGGAAAAAAUAAGGAAUUGAAUAGUAUUUGGUGCCUUCUGGGUACGUUUUUGAAAAAUACGGUUUUUAUCAAUAUUAUAAAUAUUUUUUGGAGUUUAUUGUUAUAGUAACAUGUUUUACCAUGUGUUAUGUGUUAGUUUCAGGAACCUGUAGUAUAAAGAACUUAUUUCUAAUCAGUUCAAACAAUGAUUAUUCAUGAGAUACCGCAACUAUUGGUGCUACCACAACUAUUAGAUCAUUUACCCUAGUAAACAAAGACGUAGUCCCACGUCAAAAAAUGCGUCAAGCUGAAGUUAACCAAAUUUUAUUCGUAACACCCUUUACUCUAAAAUAAAAGUAAAAGCACAUUUUCUCGAAGGUGUUAAGAACUAAACAAAAGUACUAAAACUCAUAAAAGUCUGUAUGAUAGACUUUAGUCAAGUCUUGAUUUGUUGAGUGUGAUGUGAACAUUUAAAAGUUAAAAAAAAUAGGUGUCAAGUUUGUAUUGUUUCUCCAUCUCGCCUCAAUUGUAGGCUUCAAAAUGACUGCAGCCGUGUUAUUGACUAUAAACUAUUCCCAGUUAGUGGUGCUAACCAAAUUCAUGGAAGAGCAGCCUGAUUUCGCCCGUAAACUACUCAAGACAGUGGCGGACUGGGAGAGAUUGUGGAAAGACCUAGCAGAUGCCAUCAACCGGAAAGGUCCCCCAGUGCGGAGCGUGACAGAGUGGAAGAAGGUUUGGGUGGAUUAUAAAUAUAGAGUGAAAAUGAAACUGCUUCAUAACAAAAAAUGCCCGGACAAACAAAAGAGUUUAAACAGGUUCGAGCAGAGUGUAGCAAAUUCUACUGGUUUGAAAAAUGCUCUACUCGGCACAGCAGCCGCCAAAUCGUUCGACUGUCGAAUUUCCUUUCAGUCGGUUGACACCGGAUGUAAUCCACAAACAAACGCCUGUAUUAAAAAAGGAAACGUUAAACAACAAAGACAAGCACUAGGAAGAAAACCAAUAAAGACCAAAAUUAAGCAAGAACUCCUGGCGAGAUUUAUAGACGCAACCGAGGAGAGCAACAAAAUACAACGGAACUUAUUACGCCUCGAAGAGGAAAGUUUAAAACUUAAGCGAAAAUCGUAUGAAUUAGAAACGACGAAAUGGUAUUUAAACGGGACGUAAUUCUAGUUUUAAGAUCGUGUUAGGUAAAAUAAAAUUAUUAGAAAAAUAAAUCGACUAAAAGCUUCAUUUAGUGAUAGGAAAAACCGUUUCUGAGUGUUUCUCUGAAAAAAAAAAACGCCGCUA